AUGGAGAACCGAGUGUCUCUCGGCUCUAUCCAAAAGGCCGUCUGGGACGGGCGCUUGCCACUGGAGAUUGUUUUAGCUUCAUCAGAAAGCCGAACCUUUGAUAAGACCGAUCCAUAUCUUAUCGCAUAUCCGCGCAUCUCAUAUCUUCCCUCGUUGCUACCCAAGCUUCGAGCCUUCUUCUCAAACUUUUUGAUAGAGCCAAACUCCCAGUCUCAUGAUGGUUGGUUUGAGUUUGAGGGUGUACCUCUGAAAUGGCACUACCCAGUCGGGCUGUUAUUUGACCUCUAUGCAGGAGCAGACCCCGCCUCGAAGACCGCCGCCAGAGGUAACGAGUCCCCUGAUAGUGGGUCAUCGCUCCCAUGGCGUCUCAUAGUGCACUUUAGUGACUGGCCGAAUGACCUUGUUCGGCUUGAUGCUGAUGGAAUGGUCAUGAACGACGCCUUCAUAAACAGUGUGAAGGAGGCGGAUUUCCUACGAAACGGUACAGCCAAGGGCAUCAUGAGUCUCUCAAAAGAAGACUCAUCAGGACUUUGGAAUGCCGUUCAAAAAGUCGAUCUUCCUUCUUUUCAGCGCAUAUCAAAUAUCCUUCUUCCUCAGCUAUCACAACCCUUCCGCAACGUUCCGAUACGAAUUUUCCUACCCCUCCCACUAGAUGCCGAGUCUUCUUCCCUGAAAGUGGUACAAUCGCCACUUCCUCCUUCAAUGCCAGCAUCGAGUAUGCAGUCAAGUCAAAUAUUGAACUCGCGAAGUGGUUCCAUCAGCCAGCCUCAAACGAUCGGGACUGUUUUGCACACAUUGCUACCAAAUCUAUUUCCUAGUCGGAGAACCCCUGUCCUUGCAAAGCCCGUAUUACACGGUGCUGUGAUACCCAUGUCUGCUCCCAUCGAGGAAGUUGUGAGAAGCUCCGCUUACGGAGAUGGGUGGGCAUAUUUAGUAGUUCGAAUGAUGGGUUGA